AUGGUUGCUGGAUUUUACGGUUUAUUGGCAGGAAUUUAUAUUUUACUAUUCGGUUACUCACCAAUUCUUCCAUGGGGAUUAUGUCAAAAUUGUUUUUUGCGAAAACAAAUUAAAGAUGACCUUCAUGAACAAUAUCCAAAAUCAAUUCCUCUUAUAGAACCACCAAGUAUUGAUAAAACCGUAACAGAGAGAAUAGAUGAUUUAGAACGAUUUUUAAAACAAUUCAUUUGCGAUGUUGAUUAUAUGGAAGAACUUGUAGAAGAUGAAGAAGCUGAGGAAGAAAUGGAUAACGAGCAUGGUGGUGACGUUGAAGAAGAAAAUGUCGAUGAAAAAAUAAUUGAAUAA